CCCGCCCGCUUCGCCGCGGCCCCGGCUCCUCUCGCCGCCGCUCCCGGACCUGCUGCCCGGACCGGCCCCGCUACCUGCCCGGCCGCGGGAGGAGCCACUUCCCUCACCCCAGGAGGAUGGAGAUCCUGCAGCUCCUGCGCCUGCUCCUCACCACCGCCAUGCUGGGCCUCUCCCAGACAGUGAACCCGUUUGUGGCCCAGCAGACCCCCCCAGACCCUUGCUACGAUGAGAGCGGUGCUCCUCGCCGCUGCAUCCCUGAAUUUGUCAAUGCUGCCUUCGGGAAGGAGGUCCAAGCCUCCAGCACGUGCGGGAAGCCCCCGACACGGCACUGCAAUGCCUCAGACCCCCGCCGAGCCCACCCACCUGCCUACCUGACUGACCUCAACACUGCCUCCAACAUGACGUGUUGGCGCUCGGAGACCCUCCACCACUCGCCCCAGAACGUCACCCUCACCCUCUCCCUCGGCAAAAAGUUUGAGGUGGUCUACGUUAGCCUCCAGUUCUGCUCGCCUCGGCCCGAGUCCACCGCCAUCCUCAAGUCCAUGGACUACGGCAAGACCUGGGUGCCGUACCAGUACUACUCCUCCCAGUGCCGCAAGAUCUACGGCAAGCCCAGCAAAGCCACUGUCACCAAGCAGAACGAGCAGGAGGCCCUGUGCACCGACGGCCUCACCGACCUGUACCCGCUCACCGGCGGGCUCAUCGCCUUCAGCACCCUCGACGGGCGACCCUCCGCCCAGGACUUCGACAGCAGCCCUGUGCUCCAGGACUGGGUGACGGCCACCGACAUCCGCGUGGUCUUCAGCCGCCCGCACCUCUUCCGCGACCUGGGCAGCCGGGACGCCGGGGAGGAGGAGGGCGGGGGUGCCAGCUCGACCCCUUACUACUAUGCGGUGGGGGAGCUGCAGGUGGGCGGGCGCUGCAAGUGCAACGGGCACGCGGCGCGCUGCGUGAAGGACAAGGAGCAGAAGCUGGUGUGCGACUGCAAGCACAACACGGAGGGCCCCGAGUGCGACCGCUGCAAGCCCUUCCACUAUGACCGGCCCUGGCAGCGCGCCAGCGCCCGCGAGGCCAAUGAGUGUCUGGCCUGCAACUGCAACCUGCACGCCCGGCGCUGCCGCUUCAACAUGGAGCUGUACAAGCUGUCAGGGCGCAAGAGCGGCGGCGUCUGCCUCAACUGCCGGCACAACACGGCGGGGCGGCACUGCCACUACUGCAAGGAGGGCUUCUACCGAGACCUCAGCAAGUCCAUCACAGACCGCAAGGCCUGCAAAGCUUGUGACUGCCACCCUGUUGGUGCAGCCGGCAAGACCUGCAACCAGACCACAGGGCAGUGCCCAUGCAAGGAUGGCGUGACCGGCCUCACCUGCAACCGCUGUGCCAAGGGCUACCAGCAGAGCCGCUCACCCGUGGCCCCCUGCAUCAAGAUUCCUGCCAUCAACCCCACCUCCCUAGUCACCAGCACAGAGGCACCUGCAGACUGUGACUCCUACUGCAAGCCAGCCAAGGGCAACUACAAGAUUAACAUGAAGAAGUACUGCAAGAAGGACUAUGUGGUCCAGGUGAACAUCCUAGAAAUGGAGACGGUGGCCAACUGGGCCAAGUUCACCAUCAACAUCCUCUCUGUCUACAAGUGCCGCGACGAGCGGGUCAAGCGUGGCGACAACUUCUUGUGGAUUCACCUGAAAGACCUGUCCUGCAAGUGCCCCAAGAUCCAGAUUAGCAAGAAGUACUUGGUCAUGGGGAUCAGUGAAAACUCCACCGACCGGCCUGGACUGAUGGCCGACAAGAACAGCCUGGUCAUCCAGUGGCGGGACGCCUGGACACGCCGCCUUCGGAAACUGCAACGACGGGAGAAGAAGGGGAAGUGUGUGAAGCCCUGAGGUGUUUCCACCCAUCCUGUCCCCACCCUGUGCUCAGCCCCAGCCCGGCUGGGCACUGUCAGACUGCACCCACAGACUCUGUACAUAUAUAUAGUGUGAACAGACUCUCUGUCUAUAGUGUAUAUUUUGGCAAUGGUUUCCCUUUGUGUGUGCGUGUGCACGGCUGGGUGUGUGUGUCGGUCUUUUUCUCUAAGUAUGUAUUAAAAAUAACGCAGUAAUGACAAACCUUUAAUGAGGAGCAAAGUGGAGCAAGGUCCUGUGGGUGCCUGUCUCUGGAAGGAGUUCGGAGGGGAUUGGUGUCCAUAGCACUCAUUUUAUAGGCUUUUAUAUUGCCUUUAACACAGUUGUCUUUGACCCAGUGUUGACAUCUGAGUUGACAGCUCUCCCUUCUCCAGCAUCCAGGGUAUGACUCUUCCUCACUCUGAAAAUGUGCUGCUGUCAGACCUCUGUCUGCCUUUCUCCUUGCCCAGGAGGAACAGGAGGUUGGAGUCUCCUGUCUUUCACCCAGAUGUGCGUGCAGGGAGGCUGAGUGGAAACUAUCCAGCCCUGCAGAGCCACCAGCCCCAGGAGCUCCACCAGGAAGGACAAAUGAACUUUUGCAAGGCUUGACUCCUCAGUGACCUUGGAUUCACAUGGACCAGCACUGCUGGCUGGGGCUGGACCCAUGCUGUUCUGCAGUGCCACAGGGAGGAGCCAGGCCCUGGCAGUGUGCUGCUGACCACCAGGGAGAAAGGGACAGACUUCUCAACCCCUCAUUUUUACCUGUCCUGGGGCAUAGUCCAGACAACCCAGUGGGAAAGACCUGAAGACACCCAUUUUCCCCUCCCACAUCCAUCUGCUCCCCCUGAACCUGGGCUGAGCAGAGCCAUCCUGUAUCAUCGGCCAGCCAGCCAGGUCUACACCCCUAUAUUCUCACCUGGUGCCAACUGACAUAAUUCCACCUGCUUCUGUCGAGAUGACACCAAGUGAUCAUGUGCCUUGGUGUGCAUCCUUCAGAGCUGGCCGGACUGUGUGCUCUCCUGGGAAGUAUUUCUCUGGCCAAGGUUGUCCGAGGAGAUGCACAAGGCAGAGGUGGCAGGAAGAGAGAAGAGCUUUCGUUGAUCCACCUCUAGUCUUUUAUAUCUUCUUCACCAUGUAUAAGUCUCUGGUUAAACAGACACCAGUAUCUUCCCAUGUUGAGAUUGUAGCAGUCUUGGCUUAAUAAAUAUGAAUAGAAAUAGUA